GAUGGCGAAGAAGAGCGAUGGCCAACACUAACACUGGCCAUUUUCAUAGCGAAACCCAUACCAUUCGUUGAGGAAUUUUUGGAGAAAAUCGAGAAUAUGAUGUAUCCGAAGGAGAAAAUCGAUCUGUACGUUUACAACAAUCAAAAAUAUAAUGAACAUGACGUAAGUCAUCUGUGA